AUGACUGGCGAAACUUGACCGUGGACAGCCGCAAUUCGCGUUCAGAGCUGUUUGGACACACACGCUCUUGCAUAAUAUACGUACGGUAGUAACUUAUGGUGGUGAUACUUAUAAUUUAAUUUUUAUCCUUAAAAAAAACAAGGAAAUAUCGUGAGCAUACUCGUACGUGUAGCUAAAACGGAUUGUAUACAACUGCUUUCCUAAAACCUACACAAACAAGAAGAACUUCAAUGGCGCUGAUACAAAUGUCGACUGCGGUCUCGUUAACGUUGCUUUUGUGGUUAUCAGUUGACCUGCGGACGAUUCCGGUCUCGGAGGCUUCUCGGAUAUUAGCAAUUGAAACGAUAGCGGGAAAGAGUCACUGGAACUUCAUGAGCUCGGUGCUCAGGUCACUGGUGGACGCCGGACACACCGUGACCGUUUUUACGCCAUUUCCGGACGGCGACCGAGAAAACUACACGGAGGUGGAUACUUCUAGCGAUUUUCCGAUGAAGCUCAACCUGGACGCGAUGCAGGCAAUCGAGGACUAUGGCGACCCGUUCACGUUAGUCAAAGUUUUAUCCGUCCUGACUAGGUUCUAUUGCGAUGUGAUACACGGUAACCGGAAAUUGGCCGAUUUGUUAGCUUCCAGUAUCCGCGACCGGUUCGAUUUGCUUUUAAUCGAACCACUGAGUUUCGACUGCUUUUCGUACAUAGCCGAUGCGCUUGGUCUGCCCGUAAUUUACGUGAUCCCGUCACCUAUGAUUACAUUUACCGAACGGCUGUAUACAGGUCAUUUGUCUAAUCCCUCUUAUGUAUCUAACACUUUUGCUAACUAUGCCGUUCCUAGUACAUUUAUCCAGAGGUUUACAAACACGGCUUUGCUGACGUAUGGCAUGGUCAGAAACACGUACGACCGGCUAGUGUUCAGAUUAAUGGAUGCUAGACCGUAUGAUCUGGUUCCAACCGUCAACCCGUCCAUCAUCUUUCAGAAUAGUCAUUAUGUCACCGAGUCCCCGAGACCAGUCACUUCAAAUGUUGUUUACAUAGGCGGCAUACACCUGAAAUCCGCUAAAAUCAUACCGAAAGACAUAUUAGACUUUAUCGAAGACUCGCCUCACGGAGUGAUUUUCUUCACAUUCGGUUCCACGAUUAAAGUAUCAUCGUUACCUGAACAUAUUGAAAACGCAUUUAAAGAAGCGUUGGCCAACGUUCCUCAGAGAGUCUUGUGGAAAUACGAAGGUGAAAUGAAGGACAAACCGAAAAACGUAAUGACGAAAAAAUGGUUUCCUCAACGAGAAAUAUUAUUGCAUCCCAAAGUGAAACUGUUUAUUAGUCAUGGAGGUAUGUCCGGAGUAUACGAAGCAUUGGACGGCGGAGUUCCCGUACUGGGAAUACCAUUGUUUUACGAUCAGCCGAGAAAUGUCGAACAUUUGGUCCUCGCCGGAAUGGCGAUAUCCAUGGAUUUUUUAUCGACGACAAAAGAAAAAUUGACUAAUGCCAUUUCAAAACUUAUCAACGACGAAACAUACUCAAAAAAUGCUAAAAUUGCUUCUAUCCGAUUCAAAGACCGACCGAUGACGCCUCAAGAGUCGGUCGUUUAUUGGACGGAAUAUGUAAUUCGUCACAAAGGCGCUCCACAUUUGAAAUCUCACGCUCUAAAUUUGACGUGGUAUCAAUAUCUACUGUUGGACGUGUUUGUUGUAGUGUUAAUUUUUGUUUUCUUAGUUACAUUUUUAGUGUAUAAGGUUUUUAAACGUAUUCGUAAAUACACUUUUAAAAACGACAAGGUUAAAACUAAGUGAUAAUUAAUAAUGAUUAUUAUUAUAACUGGAGUUUGCACUUAAAUACAAAUCGUGUUAAAUUUAUUAGAUCUAUA